CAGUCCAGAGGCUUCAUGUUGAGAAAUAAUAAAAAAUCCUGGAACUGUUUGUUUGUCUCUGGACUUUCCACUGUGUCGAAACUCCAGCGUCUUUAUAAGCUGACGAGUCUGAAGCCGAACCCAGACCUGGACCUGGACCUGGACCUGGACCUGGACCUGGACCUGGACCUGGAUCUGAGCAUGAGGGCUGUCGGGGUCGUCGUCUGCGUUUUGGCUGUGUUGUGUGUGUGUGACGCUGUUCGGUUCGGACAGCUCUGCAGUGGAAACCCAGCGAACAACCGGCGAACAUCGGACAGUUGGGGUCAAGGUCACUAUGGAGCCGGACGGACAACCAGGGUCCAUAAAGGUCUGGACAUCGUGUGCAGCGACGGGUCGGUGGUCUACGCCCCGUUUGACGUGACCCUGGGGGGGGGGCUCACCGUCUACACCGACGCCAGCAAGGCCGCCAUCAACAGCGGCAUCAACCUGCGAGGAGAAGGUCUGUGCUUCAAGCUGUUCUACGUGAGUCCCGACCGCACCUCGGGCUCGGUGAGGAAGGGUCAGCGGAUCGGAACCAUGAUGCCGAUGCAGAGCGUUUAUCCUGGGAUGACGUCCCACGUCCACGUCCAGAUGUGUGACAAGAGCGACCCCACCCAAUACUUCUGAGUGUCACGUGACCUCGUGGGCGGGGCCAGUGGGCGACCCAAGGGACUCGUGGAGAAUCAAUAAAAACAUUAAAACAA